UCUUUGGAGGAAGAAAAUACAGUAGAGCCUGGAAAGAUUGUAGUUCAUGGAUAUGCAGUGUCUGGAGGCGGUCGGGGGAUUGAGCGAGUAGAUGUAUCUUUCGAUGGAGGCAAGACAUGGGAGGAAGCAAUCAGAUACCAGAAGAGUACUGAAGUCCCAUACGUUGCUGAUGAUACAAGUAGUGGUGACAAGUGCGCAUGGGUGCUGUUUAAGGCUGAAGCAGAUCUCUCUCACAAUACUGAAAUCGUCACCAAAGCAGUUGAUAUAGCUGGAAAUGUCCAACCCGAAAAUGUGGGUGUCAUCUGGAACCUGAGAGGAAUACAAAACACGUCUUGGCACAGGGUCCGUGUUGAAGUCGAGGACCCUAAUUUCUGAUUCUCAAUACUUGCGCAC